AUUUUUUAAGCUGAAUUAACUUAAAUUGAAUCACCAAUCAGCACUUAUCUUCUCUAAGUAUAACUGAUCCGUGUUUAGGACGUAACAGCAGGUUUUUAAUACCCACACAGGAGCAGGUACUUUAUUUCUCCCCUGACAACAGCCCUGAUACAGGUUCUACGGGGUUGGUUCUUGCCUUCAGAAGAGGCAUAAAGGUUAUAACGUUCCUGCAGUGGAGCACUGGGGGUCACUACAGGUGCCCACAGUUUGUGUUUGCCCAGAGGCUCCCCAGCAUGUGAAUGCAGCCCUGCAGGUAGGAACACAAAGACUAUAAACCCACCAUUAAGCCUUCAAACUUGAGUCUGUUUGCAGGUUUAGAAACACAGGAGGUGAAAUACAUCAACUUUAACAAAACUCCUCUGAGACAAACUAUUAAUAUAUAAAACUGCUUUAAGGUGACAAACACAGCUGGACUCAGAUGCUGUUGAUACGUGUACUGCGUCUUGAGGGUGUGCGCGAGCCUUGUUGAUGUGGGUUCCCCGCGCGCUCACGUGCGCCUCGUUCGGACAGCCCUCUCGUGUGUCCUCGCGCUGCGCUCGCGGCAGAAAGCAGCACCUGGCAGCGCGAGUUCAGUGUCCGCAGUGAAACAGCGACAGUCUGCGCACGAGCACAGAUCCGGGAGCCGCUCCGGGCCGCCGAACAACCGGGAGGGAGAAAAAAAGUCGCCUGUUGAGAAAGAGAAGCUGCUGGAGCAGGAGAGGAGCCUUCAGGUGCACCUGGUCAGCCCACUUCCACAGAGCAGCUCGUCCCGCGUCGUUCUGAGGACCGAAGACAUCAAGGAGCCGAGUUCCAGCUUUUUCCUCGAGAAGAUGGCGUCAAACGACUCGCGGCUCCAGCAGCAGCCCUCACAGAAGGAUGCGGCCGACCAGAACUUUGACUACAUGUUCAAGCUGUUGAUCAUUGGCAACAGCAGCGUGGGGAAGACGUCCUUUCUGUUUCGCUACGCGGACGACUCCUUCACCUCCGCCUUCGUGAGCACCGUGGGCAUCGACUUCAAAGUCAAGACCGUCUUCCGCAACGACAAGAGGAUCAAGUUGCAGAUCUGGGACACAGCCGGACAGGAGCGCUACCGGACCAUCACCACGGCCUACUACAGAGGAGCCAUGGGCUUCCUGCUCAUGUACGACAUCACGAACCAGGACUCCUUCAACGCUGUGCAGGACUGGGCGACACAGAUAAAGACGUACUCGUGGGACAAUGCUCAGGUGAUCCUCAUCGGCAACAAGUGCGACCUGGAGGACGACCGGCUGAUACCCACGGAGGACGGCCAGCGGCUGGCAGAGGAGCUAGGUUUUCAGUUCUUCGAAGCCAGCGCGAAGGACAACAUCAACGUCAAGCAGGUGUUCGAGCGCCUGGUGGACGUCAUCUGCGAGAAGAUGAACGAGAGCAUGGAGGGAGACGUCAACCUGGUCACCAACCACCGGAACCAGAGCCUCAAAGACUCGUCGUCAGAGAGCAACGGCAGCUGCGCUUGUUAGAACCUCCUGCCUUUUUACCAAGUCUCCCAGCACACACACACACACACACACACACACACACACACACACACUAAUAUUCACAUCCUAAGAACAACUUCUUCUCUGUGCCUCAACCGCGGAAAGUGCUGCUUCCUCUCUCUUCACCUGAGCCGGGCUCUGCUUUGUCCGCAGCACCUCGUAGGACGGCCAGCUGAGAUAAUCUUCAUUCUCCUCCCCCCAGACCUAUCUUCUCCCUGCAAGAGGCCCUUUUCUUUCUCCUUCUGUCUCUGCGGUCUUGACCCCUCUGUUCUGUCGUGAGCUGAUAGUCGACUACAAACUGUCCAGAACUCUGUCCACGCGUUAAUUCACUGCUGCCCCUGAAACGUACAUUCGUUCGGCGGGUCAAGCUGGUGACGCCACAUGUGUUGAGGUCACAAUUAAAUGGCUGCAUCUUUGUCAUUCGUUGUUUUGUUUGAGGUUCAUGUAGUGCAGAUGCUUCGGUUUCCCAGCAGUUGUAGCCCUGCAAACACUGGGUUACAUGCUGUGAGCUCUGCUUUUGAGACGCAGAUGAGAUUUGAUUCAAACUGUUUGGAUUGUUGAAACAGAAUGUGUCAUGUUUGCCUCAGAUUUCUGAUGGAUUUUAGCAGCUGCCAAAAUGACAGUUGGGAGAGUGGAGCGCUUGUCCAGUCGCAUCUGGAGAGCUGACAGACAGGAUGUCAGGUUAAGCUUCACUAGGCUGAAAGUUAUAAACAAGAUAAACAAGUAUCGGACUUCUUGGCAAAAGGUAAACGAGAAAACACCACUUAUGUGUACAGAUGAGUAACAAAAAGCAGCAUGAAGUGUCUUGGUAACAGCUUCAAUGCUUCUUGGCACUGAUUUUAAGAGUUUUUCUGUCCUUUAUUUGGUGUUUUGAUGAUGCUGGUGUCCAACACAUACCUUCCAAAGUCUCAACAAAUGUUUCCUCGUAGGAUUUAGGCGAUCACUCAGAGCAACUUUCUCUUGAUUUGUAUCGAUCCUUCUCUCUAAGGGGACAAACCGUGCCAGUUAAAUACCCCCCACAGCGUAUCAGAGGCACUUGAUGCCCUCAUUGGAGGUUUUUGUUCAUGCUUGUAGCUGUUAGCUUAGCUUAGCAUAAGAACUUUUUCAUAUGGAUGAAGCAACCAGAUGUUGAUUUAAUCCCUAAAAAUUCACAUCUGUGUUUCAGUAUUUUUCUGCCUUUAAAAAUGUGUGAAAAUUAAUCUCCCAACAUGUCAAACUGUUCUAUCAGCUCCAGUCUAGCUCUGCCUUUUCUUUUCUCUGCUGGGGGUUCAUGGUAAGGAUAAAUAUCGAGCUCUGUCCUCAUACGUGUGUCAAACGUCGCGUGAGGAAGUCGUCUGUCACGUGACCUGCUUCGUGUCCUCACUUACUCCUUUGUACUCGUUUUUCUUUAAUGCCGUCUCCGUCAUGCUUUCAUCAUGAUAACCACACACAGACUGCUGCAAACCUACGAGUAUUCACAAAGUGGUAAAUUAGCUUUUUUUCUGUGUGUGUGUUACUGACAUAAUGACUGUUGUGUAGAAGUGCAGCACAGUGUGUGUGUGUGUGUGUGUGUGUGUGCUCAGAAAGGGAAGGACGCUGAUAUUAAGUCCAGGCCUCGACUGUAACGUUGAAAAUAUCAGGAGGAACAACGAGCUGGUGCAGAGCGUCGCUUUAAUCCCCGUUUCUGUAACAUUUGUCUUUUUUUUUCACUGAAAUAAUUAGGUUUUAUAUCCACUCCUCAUGUUUGUAGCUGUAGAUUGAAUAGCUUUUGUUGUUUGUUUUGACAUUUCAGUAUUGAACAGUCGACCUGCCACCUUCUGAGAAAUAUGAAGUGUCUUUGGUUUGUACUGCAAAUCAGGAAUGGAAAAAAAAAAAAACUUGCUCAGUAAUGUGUUUCAUUUUCUGUUAAUCGUCACUUGCAGUGCCAUUCGACCAUCACUGUCCACGUGGUGGAUACUGACCGUCGGUUAGUGUCGACCACAGCCUCCGUACAACGACAGCAACCUCAUGUUUGCACGCCAAAGCCUUCGAUUAGAAGAGGUUGAACCACAGCGAGUGGUCAGCCCACUCCCUGCCCUCUCACAGGCCUGUGGUCAGUUAUCUGUGCUGUCAGUGUGCGCUGCUGAAUAGUGAUACAGCUUCACAGAUAUCAGAUGCUAUCAUGUCAUCCACACACCACACUGAGCUUUAAUGCAGGAGUCCAACAUAAAGAGGUCGCGUGCAAACGCUCAUAACACUACUUGUUCAUCUGUGCAGUUUUACGGUGUGUUAAAAUUGAAUGCAGAGGCUUCUGGGAGCAUGUUUCACUGAAGGCUGCUUGAAUACAUAGUAAACGUGCUUCGGUGGCACCACUGAACUGUCUAUCGAUAAUGAGUUUUUCACCAGUUUGUCCAGAAUCUGCCAUAUUGAAAAGCUCCAGAUGCACUUGUACAAACAUAUUUGCGGCAUCCAGAGCUGUCAGUCUUGGAUGUGUUUCUUCUUUCUUACAGUAAACAACAGAAGUGAGUAAACCGAUGUGCAAUAUCGCCUCAUGAUUCUAAAUCGAGUCGCCUCUCGAUACUUUGAGACCAUUUCCUCUGGUGACCAAUUGAAACAAAUACUUUAGAAACACAGGCCCCCAAAGUAGAAACUCAAUUGAUCACUGAUGCAAAAGUUAGAAAACUUGAGUACAUCUGUAAUUUCCACGGAGCUCAACUGCAUGAACAUGGCGGCUCUGAAAUGACCUGUGAACCCCAGAAACUUUUUAGUUGCUGCGUUGAUCUGCGUCAUGGCUCCAAAUGAGCUGCCAGAGGACCAACAAUAGAGCAGCAGUAAUCAGAAGAUGUAGAAGGAGUACCACUAAUCAGAGCUGCAGCGGUUAAAAUGAUGCCACGGACAAAAACAGACGGGUCGCUUCUUUAGACUCGCCAAAGGGGUUAUCAGUGGGUUUCUGUGGGACAUCGUGUUACAGCAAAGUGUUUGGAUGGUGUUCAAGACAAACACCCAUGAACGUAGAAGAAUGUGCUCCUAAUAUUCAUCAGGCUUUUUUUUUGGAGGGGGUCAGAUGAAGCCAAGAUAAAGUUGUUUGGCUCAGAUGGAGUGUUUAGUGUAAACCAGGCCAGGAUUACCACCAUGAAAGCAUCGUCUUCACAGUGAAGCACGGAGGUUGGAGUGUGAUGAUAGGGGCUGCAGGAGUGCUACAAGUGUUGGGAAGAAGACAUUUAUAGAUGCACCGAUUACUGGCUGAUGAGUUCUGCUGAAGCUUAGCAGAAGAGGAAUAUUCAGAAUCCCAGAACAGUUUCUAUAAAAGAAAGCGGCCUGUCUUGAAUUCAAAAGAUUCAAAACAUGGACAUUCUUGGCACUAAAAGAAUUAAGGAUUCAAAUUUCCGUAAUAACUGGAUUGCCUGUAUUUUUAAUUUAGUAAAAGCUUUUUAAUUCCUACAUAAGAGGGCCCUGCUGUUCUAUCUAUCAGUUACUGUAAGGUGAUUCAGUUUGGAAUCCUCUGAUACGAGUGUACUCACCUCCGUUGUUUACUGUUUAUUUAUGCUCUCUUUGUUUUUAAGUGUCGUUUUCCUGAACUUUCUGAAGGACGGACCGUCGGAUCAUUUGCUCUCUUUGUUUUAGAUUCUGAAUGUGUUGGAUGAAAGCAUUGUGAAAAAAACAAAACAAAAACAGAAAAACAGUGAAUCUUAUAAACAAGGAUAAAUGGAAUUUGUUGACAUGUGUAUGUGAAAAUAAAGAAUAUAUUAAUUACAAAA